UGUUAGUGCGCUAGGAUGAGGUUUUUCGUUGCAAACACAUGAGGAUGUAAUGAGCUCUGAAGGCUUUAUUGUUCGUUUUAGUGACACCUGGGGAUUAACCUUAUUAAAACAUUAAGCAAUUCACUAGCAUCGCGGGCAUACAAAAAUACAGUUAUCAGAAACGCUUGAAAUGAAAGAAUUACAGACAGACAGGCGUAAUGACUGAGACUCAAAGUGGAGGGAACUUGAUGAAAGCAAUUUAUAAUGUUCGUGGACGAUGUGCUUCGUUCCCUUGUUGCAGGAGAGUGUGCUUUCUCGUCGUCAUUUUGUUAAUGGUUCUCGUUACCACUAUAUACUACAUCACAACUGAUUCCUACGCUAUACCACACCUCAAGAAGCGGAACUUUUUAAACAAAUCAGCAUUUACAAGAAUGUACUCUAUAGGGGGAAAUGCCACCAAUAAUACUGAAAAUCCCAAGGUUGUAGGAACUAAGUUGGUUGUACUAUGGUUCCCAUUCUUUUCAGAGGAGCCAUAUUUAUGGACGUUAUCCAAAGGAUCACUGGACAAUUGUCCUGUCACUAACUGCGUAUCUACAUUUGAUAAAAGCAAACUAUUGGAGAGCGCUGCUGUAGUUAUACAUGUUUCUGAUCCCCAUAUAGACCAACUUCAUCCUGUGUUACCUGGUGAAAGGCAUCAUCAUCAACGUUGGGUAUUGUUCACCAUGGAGCCUCCACAAAAUAUGAGAACAGACCUAUCAUCCUAUAACAAUAUAUUUAACUGGACUGCUACUUUUCGUACAGAUUCUGACAUACCAGUUUAUUAUGGACGUAAAGUUGAACAUAAUAACACAAACCUAGAGUUGAUAUACAAAAACCAAACUAUACUUGAUAAGGAAAAACCACGUCUGGUUGCUUGGGUUGCGAGUAAUCCUUUAGCCCAUAGCAACCGGAUGCGAUUAGUUCGUGAGUUGCAGUCGCACAUGGAAGUUGACGUAUACGGUGGUGUAAGUCAGCUAUACAAACAUAAUGAUCUCUCAUGUGUUAAAAACACUGAAAAAUGUGACCAUCUUCUCCGUCAAUACAAAUUUUAUUUAGCAUUGGAAAAUAACAACUGUCGAGACUAUAUAACGGAGAAGUUUUGGUAUGCUUUAGAACGUGGAAAUAUUCCAGUAGUUACGGGAGGGGAUUGGUUUAAAAAGCAAGCACCCCCAUUCUCCUACAUUGACACUCGUAGCUUCAGUUCAACCAAAUCCCUUGCCAAAUAUCUUAUCAGAGUGGCCAAUGAUGUAGAUCUGUUUAAUAAAUAUAUGCAAUGGCGCCAUAGUUAUAGGAUCGUCGACACCAAUACUCACACAGGAGUCCUCCGUCAAUGGGGUUGUGAUCUAUGUAAGGCCCUGAACAACCCUGCCCUACCUGCUCAAGUUUAUUCCGAUCUCCCUGGUUGGUAUGCUGAAGAUCUAUCAGGAUGCUCAACUUACUCGUUUUGGGGUCAUUUAAAAAAGACGAUUAACAUGUUGUUUUUUCGACUUGGAGCUUAGACCAGUAAAUCGCCUUGCCACAAUGAUGACAUCAAAACAUAUAGUGAUAUGUUACUUGAAGCUAAUGCUCAUACUGAAAAAAGAUAG